GUUUUGGUCUUUCCACCAGAAACGAUAUCGUUGUGUUUUCAAAUCCUAGCCGCACCAGCGUUUCACGACCUCCAAAAUGGGGAACAAGCAUGGCACGUCCCUCCCUACUCACAUUCUCCACGUUAAAACCGGAGACAAAAAGGGAGCUGGAACUGACGCCAAUGUUGCGGUAGUGCUUCACGAUGAUCAAGGGAAGAAAUCGGCCCCAAUGACGCUGGAUCGCCCCUUGAGAGACAGCUUAGAAAGAGGUUCGAUGGACGCACACCCUGUCUCUGAUACCUCCGGCCUUGGUAAAAUUCGGAAAAUGGAAAUUACAAUGGACGCGUUUGGUUUAGCGCCUGAUUGGUUCGUGGAAUCGGUUCACAUUGAGCACCAACAGGAUAAAUCCAUCCGUGUGUUUCCAAUACACCGUUGGAUCAGGCCCAAACGACACUACGUGUUUGAUCACCUUGAUUGCAAGCUGCCGCAAGACGAUGAGCAAAAAGAACAGAGGAAAAGCGAGUUAGAAGAGAGAAGAAAACUUUAUGAAUUUGCGCCAAAAGCACCGGGCCUCCCAGUACAGGUGAACCAGUUGCCAGCUGAUGAGGCAAUGUCGGAUGCUUACAAGUGGGACAUAGAAUCCCGGAAGAAAACAUUGAGUCGUCAGGCAGGUUUAACCGGUCUGAUGACGCUGUCUGGAGAAUGGGACAGUUUUGACGAUAUCUAUGCCUUGUACUCCGACACCAUUGGAAAACCGAGUGAACAAAUUUUGCACUGGCGAGAUGACGAGUGGUUCGGUGCCCAACGUUUGGCUGGCGUUAACACAAUACUUAUUGCUCUAUGCUCCUCCAUUCCAGAGAAGUUUGGCGUGACUGCAGAAAUGGUGGAACCAUUCCUUGAGGGCCUCACUCUAAAACAGGCCUUGGAUGCCAAAAGGCUUUUCAUAAUAGAUCUUAAGAUUCUGGAAGGCAUACGUCACAAUCCAGAAACUGAGAUCGGUGCACCUCUGGUACUGUUCUUUCAAAAAGGAAAUCAGCGUUUGGUGCCCGUUGCCAUUCAACUCCAACAGGAUAAGGGACCUAAUAAUCCGGUGUUCUUGCCCAGUGACCACCCUAUGACCUGGCUGUACGCUAAGAUGUACUACAACAAUGCUGACGCCACCUUCCAUCAGGUUGUUACUCACCUGGGGUUCACGCAUCUUUUGAUCGAAGGCGUUGCCUUGGCGACCCACAGGAACCUUUCUCCUUCUCACCCGAUCUUCAGACUGCUGGCACCGCACUUUCUCUAUCUUAUCGCCAUCAACGACCUUGCAGUUAGUUCGUUGGUCAGCGAGAACGGCUGGGUGGAUAAAACUAUGAGCAGUGGGCGAUUGGGCAUGUUUGAUGUCGUCGCAAAAGCGAUUGUGGACUGGCGACUGGACAUCGAUGGCACUCUGCCGAAACAUUUGGAGGCACGAGGACUACUGGAUGAAAAUGUGCUUCCAAACUUUUACUACCGCGAGGAUGCCCUGCCUUUGUAUUGGAUUAUCAAGAAGUAUGUCAGCCAGAUCAUAAACCAUUUCUAUGAUUCACCAGAGAAAAUGGUGGAGGAUUAUGAACUAAACAGCUGGCGGCAGGAGCUGGAACUGGAGCGAGAGAAAGGAGGAAUAGGAAUCAAGGGGAUACCUGGAAGUGGGACAUUCAGCAGUAAUGAAGAACUGAUAGUGACCUGUACUUCUGCCGUUUUCUUGGCCAGUGUGGGACAUGCCGCAGCUAACUUCCCACAGUAUGCAGAGUACGCAUUUCCGCCCAACUACCCGCCAUUCAUCAAGGGCCAAGUGCCAACAAAUAAGAACCCUCUGUCGGAAGAAGACAUCCUGCAGAGCCUGUCUUCCAAGAGACAGACGUUAGACGUUAUGGUGGUCACCAAGAUUUUGAGUGAGAAGGGCACAAACAGCCUUGGCGAUUUUGAAGUGCAAUACCUUUAUGAUCCCGUCUCGGUUAAAGCUGCAGAUACAAUAGGCAAGAAUUGGCUGAGCUGA